AUGAAGCCAACCGCAUCGCCGCCGCCAAAGCGAAACGCGAAGCCCGCAAAUCACAACUUCGCCCAAUACGCAACGCCGCCGCACAACCGCUCCCUACGUGUCCUCGAUGUCAACGGACAUUCCGGGCACGAAUCGGACUUGUCGGACAUCUUCGAACCAACUGCACCUCUCGAACUGCUCCAGCCAUCGUCCCCCCGCCCGCCUCUUCCUCGCCCUCUCUGCCGCCAACUAACUCUGACACUCCUUCUGCACCACCACUCCCAUCCUCCUCCUUCUCCUCCACUGCCCCAGCGGAGGCCGUUCAGGCUGCCGUCUCACACAUCGUUAACCACGACACAACAACCACAACCACCCCCACCCCUCCCGAUUCCAGUGAUGAGGAUCAGGACUACAUCUGCCCUCACUGCGAUCGCACCUUCCCUUCACGCAUCGGCCUGGUCGGUCACUUGCGAAUCCAUCGUACAGAGACUGGCGAACCAGUGUCUGGAGCACCAACCUACACUCACCGCACUCGCCUCCACUGCCCACAAUGCCCUCGCACCUUCACUCAUCGCAUGGGUCUAUUCGGCCACGUGCGCAUCCACGAGAGCGGAAUUGACCACAAUUCCGAUACAGCCACGACAUCCAACACAUCCACCACGCCCAGACCCAUCCUCGCUCCUCCGUCACACGCGCCGACCACCGCCACCACCACCAUCAUCACUGCUUCCUCUACAGCUGACACCGACACCGCCAACCUCUCAUGCCCACAUUGUCCACGCACCUUCACCUCACACAUCGGCCUGGUCGGUCACUUGCGAAUCCAUCGCACAGAGACUGGCGAACCAGUGCCUGGAGCACCAACCUACACCCACCGCACUCGCCUCCACUGCCCACACUGCCCUCGCACCUUCACGCAUCGCAUGGGUCUAUUCGGCCACAUGCGCAUCCACGACGACCUGCGGUAG